AUGCUUCUCUAUUGGUCCAUUCUCCAGGUUGCAGCGAUAAUUGCAGGUGUAGCUGUUGCAGCUGCUGCUUAUGCUGGUAAAUACGGAAUUGAGGCGUGGCAGGCGUUCAAGGCAAGACCACCGAGGCCUAGACUCCGCAAGUUUUAUGAAGGUGGUUUCCAAGCGACAAUGACUCGCAGAGAAGCCGCUCUAAUUCUCGGUGUUAGGGAGAGUGUAGUGGCAGAGAAGGUGAAGGAAGCUCACCGGAGAGUGAUGGUGGCUAACCAUCCAGACGCAGGUGGAAGCCAUUACCUUGCUUCUAAGAUCAACGAAGCCAAAGACAUGAUGCUUGGCAAAACCAAGAGCUCUGGUUCUGCGUUUUGA